AUGGGAUCCGCAGGGCCGAGGAGGCAAGGAUGGUCUGGCCCUGGACAGGACAUAAGGAGGCAGGUGCACUGGCAUUCCUGACCUGCUGAGGCCUGGGGCCGUGGGCCAUGGCAGGUCAGCCCCUGGCCUGGCUCUUCAGCCUGCCCACCGCUGUGGUCUAUGGUUCCUUGUCCCUCUUUGUCACCAUCCUACACAAUGUGUUCCUGCUGUACUAUGUGGACACCUUUGUCUCUGUGUACAAGAUUGACAAGCUGGCCUUCUGGGUUGGAGAGACAGUGUUUCUUCUCUGGAACAGCCUCAAUGAUCCACUCUUUGGCUGGCUCAGUGACCGUGUCUUCCUCAGCUCCCCACCCAGGGCAGGAGCUUCAAUCCCAUCCCAGGAUGUGGUUCUGACGAGGCUGCGGGCUCUCAGCCGGCAUGGCCCACUGCUGGCCCUCGCCUUUCUGGCAUUCUGGGUGCGAUGGGCACCCACGGGGAUGCAGUUUUUGCUUUGCCUGUGUCUGUAUGAUGGCUUCCUGACCUUGGUGGACCUCAAUCACCACGCUUUGUUGGCUGACCUGGCCCUGUCUGCCCAUGGCCGAACACACCUCAAUUUCUACUGCUCUCUCUUCAGUGCAGCUGGCUCUCUCUCCGUCUUUGCCUCCUACGCUGUCUGGAACAAGGAAGAUUUCUCUUCCUUCCGUGCCUUCUGUGUGAUUCUGGCUGUCUGCUCUGGGCUUGGCUUUACUGGGGCUACAUGGCUACUGAAGCAGCGCUUUGAGACAGAAGGGAGGACCCUGGGGGCCUUGCAUUCAGCCUCCGAAGGCCUGGAUAUGGAGGAACCGUCAGCAAGUGAAGAGGAGAAGAGGGUCACCCUGGGCGAGUACCUCCAGCAGCUGGCACGCCACAGAAACUUCCUCUGGUUUGUAGGCAUGAAUUUGGUGCAGGUCUUUCAUUGCCACUUCAACAGCAACUUCUUCCCUCUCUUCCUGGAGCACCUGCUGUCGGACCAGAUCUCUCUCUCUAUGGGCUCCUUCCUGCUGGGGGUGUCCUACAUUGCUCCUCAUCUCAACAACCUCUACUUCCUGGCACUGUGCCAAAGAUGGGGUGUUUAUGCCGUGGUACGAGGGCUGUUUCUUCUCAAGUUGGGCCUCAGUCUGCUCAUGUUGAUGGCUGGACCAGACCACCUCCACCUCCUCUGCAUCUUCAUUGCCAGCAACCGUGUGUUCACUGAGGGCACCUGUAAGCUGCUGACCCUGGUGGUCACAGACCUGGUGGAUGAGGACUUGGUGCUGAACCGACGGAAGCAGGCAGCUUCAGCACUGCUCUUUGGAAUGGUGGCCUUGGUGACCAAACCUGGCCAGACUUUUGCCCCAUUGCUGGGCACCUGGCUACUUUGCUUCUAUACUGGUCAUGACCUUUUCCAGCAGCCUUUGCUGAACCCAGUGGGCAGUGCAAGGCCUUGGCUGGAUCCUCCUGCCCCACCUCGGGCAUCAACAUUACGUCAGGGAUGCUUCUAUUUGCUGGUGCUGGUGCCUAUCAUGUGUGCACUGCUGCAGCUGAUCACUUGGUCCCAGUUCACUUUGCACGGGAGGCGCCUCCACAUGGUCAAGGCCCAACGCCAGAGUCUGUCUAAGCCCUGGGCUCUGGACAUUAAGACUGUCUGAGGGGCCUCAAGGGAAGGCAGACCAUUGUGCUGGUUGCCAACUAUUCUCUUACCCUAGCCAGGAGCUCUCCUCUGGUUUUGUUUCUCAGGUACAGCAGGAUGUAACAUGGCCAGGGAGGAAGAACUCUAGGGUUUUCCCCAUGGACCCAGAUGCUGAGGUCACAAUUCUCCAACCUUCUUACCUUCUGGCUUUUAACUCAGGGAGAAAGCUAUGAAGUGAUUCCUUGGGAUCUGGUCCUCAGCUGCUUAAGCAGUUGCAAAUGAUCAGGAAUUGGGUAGGGCCAAGAUGGGGACAGGUAGACUGCCCUCCUUCCCAGUCUAGGGCUGUAUGUACCCUUUGUCUGGUACCCAAAACACAGAUAUUGAAUGGAGCUCUCCAUCCCCCUUGCACAGAGGGCAACAGGGAGGGCUGAGGGCAGGCCCCUACAAAGGCCUGGCUUGGUUCUGCCUGCCUGGGCAGAGGCUGCGAGGUAGAAUUGUUCUUCAUAAGGACAGUCACGUUGAGGAUGGGCAGUGGGCCUACAUGACUCUCAGAGCUUGGCCUGUCACUGAAAGUAAAGGUGGUAGCACUUUGUGGGUGCCUGCCUUCCCCAAACCUGUCAUUUUAGAUCCUUUCUAUUUUGUGCUUCACUUACCCCAGGAAUGGGCUCAUUUUGCAGGGACUCAUUAAAGCCAGUAAAUCAUU